AUGCAAGCGGCUAGGCUUGCAAAUGCGCACGGCUUCAUUACUGGUUUCCCUAAUGGAUAUCAAACAGUUGUUGGAGAACGAGGAAUACAAUUGUCCGGUGGCCAGAAGCAGAGGAUAGCUAUCGCUAGAGCUCUCCUGAAAGAUCCUCCAAUUCUGGUUCUCGAUGAAGCGACUAGUGCUCUGGAUGUGGAGAGUGAACGUUUGGUAAGCAUUUCCGCGUUCCUAUAA